UUUUACAUAUAAAUAAUAUUGUUGUUUUCAUCCAUAUUCACAAGAACCACACGUUCAUUGUGUACGUUCAUAUACUUAUAUUCUACAGAAAUGAAUAUAAACCUGUCCUGUCUUGUUAUACUCUUUUUUUUGUAUAUUUCGUUCUGUUGCUGCAUACCUCUGUGAAAUUUUGAGAUUCAGUUUAGUUUACGGUGUAACAGUAGUUAGUUUGGAAUUAAUAGAUUAUUCGGUGUUUCCAUUCAUACAACAAUAAAUUCAAUGAAAAGUUUUUUUUUUAUUUAUUAUAAAACAAAGUCAUAUUCGUAAUCGGUUUUUUUGGGAUUGUUUAUUAAGAAACACCUACUCCCACAAUACCGAAUGUGUACCACUUAAUCUUAUACUUAAAAAACAUACUUGUGUUAUCAAGAAAAAAAAAACAAAUUACAGCAAAAGUAAACGGCUUCUCGUAAAGGUUAUUUUGCCAAGUUCCAAACAUAAAAAUAGAUUAAUCUCACAGCGGAGUGUUGGAUUUUGUUUUAAAAAUACACACCGUGUGUGUAUACAUACACCCUACAACGAGUAACAAGCAUAUUAAUAAUAUACUUCGACCAUAAUAUACUUACAAGAACAUAUAACGAAAUCUUAAACUUAAGUAGAUUUUCUCUAGUAAAUAUUUUCCAUGUCGUAAUAGUAUGCACUGUGUACAAUUAAAACAAAAUUGUUUUUUAUGGGAGACCUGUGAGUAAUCGAGUGUUAUAUAUGUGUGUCGCCUAUAUAGUAUUGUACACCGUAUUGUUUCACCUAUUGUAUUAAAUUUGGACCGAUUUUAUACGUUCAGUGAUUUAAACAGUUCGAAUAAUAAAAAAGAGAAAAAUAAAAAUUAGAAUGUUUCUUGAGUCGAAAGUGUUCGAACAUAAAAUUCCUGGCUGUAUGAAUACAUCUAACGUAUAAUAUACAAAUUGACAUUUAAACGUGGCUGGCGAAAGAGAUACAUUCAUGUAUAAAAUACAACGUCUUUAAGAAAGCUUCUUACAACAAUACACGAGAGAAAAAAAAAUCUCACGUAAAAUUAUUGGAUGCCCUAUAAAUCUACUUACAACACCUUUCUCAUUUCACAAAUGGUGCAACAACAUCAACUAAAUCAACGUCCCAUCGAAAAUGGAUCAUCUAGACUUAGCAGAAGUUCUGUCAACACCCUGGUUACCUCCGUACGGACAAAAUGGUGAUUCAAACUAUGUCAUCCGUGCAGCCCUGGAGCCAAUCAUCGAAGAAACAUCAGACGACGAUGAAAAUGGCAUUGCUGACCCAUGGACCGAAAUGGAGCAUACCACUUGGAGUUCGGAAUCGGAGACGGGGUCCGUUAUACGUGUGGAGAUCCAUCAAGAUCAAGAUACCAUUUCCGAACGAGAUUUUGCUUGCCCGGCCAAACGACGACGUCAGGAUGAACUGAACGAUGAUGUGUUCCAAAUGCGAUUGAAACCGAGACAGGAUUUUGAAUUUAAAUUUAAAGUCGAAUGCUGUGACAAUCUGGAUAAUUUUGGAAAACGGUGUCGCCUCGAUGAUUACUCGGACAUUUACUCGGAUUCAGACAGUUUAUCAUUCAAUUCAUUGAGCCGAUCAUCAUCUCUAAUACAAUUCGAAUCAUUGGAACGACAGCUGCAAGUCGACGCACAACCGUAUGGUGGUUCAACGCCUGCCCUUCAUCCACAAACGUGCUACGAUACGGUUGACAUUGCCAAACCGAACAAACGUUUCGAACCAUCGUCGCGUAACUAUUACGAUGUCAAUAAAAUCGAUUUCGAUAAAUCGGCAUUUCUGACCGGUGGCCAACAGAUCGAACUGAAACGAACCGAUGGCUCCAAUUCGGACAGUGAUAAUUCGGAUGAUGUGAUGAGUGUCCAGAGUCAACCGGCUAUGGAGCAUCCGAAACGAAUAAAUUACCGUGGCAAAAACUCGGUGGAAAAUUUGAGCGAGGACAGUGGAUACUGUGAAUACAAUUCGUUGAGAAUACGAUCGAAAAGCAUUCCAAACUUCGGUCACGACGAUUUCAUCGAAGAAGAGGAAUUCGAAAACCAUAAGAGUUUAGAGAAUAUGUUGUACAGCAGCAUACGCAACGCAGAUGAAACACAUUCCAUGAACAUAGAUAUAAAUAGUAGAGUCAUAAGUGAGAAUAAUCCAACGAAAAUAGAAACAACGAAACGAUAUUCGGCGGCACGUUCGAGUGCAAACGACGCCAAAAAUACAAUCGACGGUCAUUGCAUUAGCGGAACAGCGUCGCAAAACAUUUCGACAAGUUUACCAGACAUUUUAAAUCACAUUGGUGUAGAUGGUGAAAAGAAUCGAUCCAGUGAUCAAAUCGACGGCCCAUACAACCGUAAUCCGCGAAAAAACGAUCAAUUCCUACAUUUUUCGAUUGUGUCUAGUGUACCGAACGAUUUGAACAUAUGCAAUGAUUUGAAUUCACCGAACAACGGAACGUAUUGUUCAGCCGCUGCUAAGAAUUUUGAUUUAUGUGAUUUUGAAACGACCUAUGUCCCAGUUGAGUCAUAUCGUCAGCAUAAAGUGAUUAAUGCGAGUUAUAGUAAUUUAACAGUAUUGGACUAUUCGGGCCGACAGUCGUUCAGCAGCAGCAGCAUCAGUAGUUUGAAGAAAAUGGCGGAUAAUCGGAAACGGAACAGUGGUGAAUUUAGUCGAUGUAAUUUCUUGCUGGACGAAAUCUCGGCACAUUUCAACCGUGAUCUAUCCAUACUGAACGAUCGUACCGAAAACUAUGAUCCGGUGCUCGAGGAUUUUUUGUACCGCGAACGAAACGAUGCCACACAUGACACUCCACCCAAACCACCGCCUCGAAAGAUUCAUCCAACGAUCAAGUCAAACUACAUCGAACAUCCAGUGAAUGUACAACAAGCUCCAGUGGAACCGUCACCAGUACAGGAAAAAUUAACAUUUGAUCGCGAUCCAACGAAUCUGGUCACAUGUUAUGCUGAAAGUAUGGAACGCUGUAAUUUUGAUGCUCGCGGCUCAUCAUACAGCAUAAGUAGCAUAAACAGCAAUUCGAAUCUGGAAUCAACAACAACAACGACACCAACCAAACAUCCGACAGCAGUUAAACGACAAAUGGUUGCCAGCACACCGAAUUUAUGUUUACAUAAUGUGGACGAUGCCGAUGAUUAUUUGGAUAUAUCUAGUACGACAGUGUCGAUGAACCCGUUACCGAACGUGCAACAAGAAGAGUUGCACGAUAAGAAACAAGGAAUUCUUUCAGUUGGAUCACGGCACUCGCUAGGAAAGGGUGUCAGUUUCUGUCCGAUAGUGUCGGAAAUCAGCUGGCGAGAGCAAUCCUCAGAGGAAUGUGUGGACGAGGAGGAUUUUGAUAUCAGCGACGAACAAACCGACAACAAUAUUAGUAGCACAACGUUAGAGAACAGUCGAACCAUACCGUACCGAUCGGAAGUCAUAGCAACUGAAAGAGAUAACGCAUACACACCACAUGUAAACAAUCAAGAUCGCGGCACGACAGCAGAAGGCAAUAAAAAUGUUUCACCGAGCUCAUUGAAUCCAAAAGUUAGUAGUAAUGUGAUGAUCGUCAACGAGAGCGUACCGUCAAUGAAUGGUGAUAACAGAAGUGUUAUUAAAUUAAGUGAACAACCGAACGAUAAUAAGCGAACUAUGGAAACGGGUGGCGGUGAUUAUAAAAAUAGCAAACCGACGAAAAGUCAUGUGUCCGGUGCUGCUGAUGGCAAUGACAAUAAGAAUUUGCCAGCCAAACCGGAGAAGAAGCACAAAAGUGGAUUUUUGUCGAGGCUUUCUGGUUUCAGGUUUUCUUUGCGUGGUAAAAAGAAGGCUAAAGCUUUCGAGAAUAAUAAUCCCGUGAUAAAUGAACAGAGGGUGACAAGUGAUAAGCAUGACAAAAAUGAUAAAGUGGAAAAAGUUGAAAAAGUCGAAAAAGUGGAAAAAGUCAACAGUCGCGGUUCGAUUAAUAAAAACGGUGAUUUUGUGUAUAUUCCGCUAAAGGAGCCCCUUACUGGCAAUUCGCAUAGCGAAUCGGAUAAUUGUGUUCGAUCAAAACAAACCAGUGAUGUGGUGAACCACAAUAGCCACGUGUUGACUGCAAAACCUCCACUACCACGACAACCCCCACGUGUAGUUGGACUAUGCGCGAAACCCCCAUUACCAACUGGUAAACCGAGACAGCAGGUACAUGCGCAACAACGUGCAUCUUCUGCACCGCGAGAAAUCGAUGUCAACGACCAUCAUCUGUCUUCGGAUCAUGAAUUUUACAAUCAGUUUUAUUGUGAAACCAUGACGAGCAUAGGGGAUGACAGUGGCAAUUGUGAUGAUGAUAGAUUUAACGAAUCGUACGGAUUCGAGCACAAAAUCGGUUUAAUCGAAACGAAUUUGGAUACGCACGAAACGGUCAUAUCGGGUAAAACGAGAAGUCUGAUGGAACUGGGACCGCAAACGGACGGUCAACGUAAACAAUGCAAUGCAAAACAUAGAAUCGUUCAGACAAUGGAGCCACAGACCCGACGACCACACAAAAGUAUGGAAUUUCUGCUAGAUAAAGAAAAUCAAAAAUUCGUUCUGCCACCAGAGAAUGAGCUCCAAAAAUGCCAUGACAAUAAUCCAGUGUUAAGUGAACAUCAACUUCGAGUACAAGCCUCACUACAAAGGUUAAACAUACCAGAAUGGUAUCGCAAAUAUGGUCCCCCGUCGAAACCGACUGAAUCCAGUCAAGGCGGUUAUGUUCCCGGCAGCUUUACGAAAAAGCGCAAUUCCGAUGUUAGUCGUUGGACCGGUCUCAAUUCAAAAACGACAUCGCUCAGCUCGCUAGGAUCGAAUCGGGCAGAUCGCAGUCCGCUAUUGUUAAGUCCGUCAGCACAUAGUCAUCACGGUCAAACAGGGUUCUCGCGGUGGUCAACGUCACAACUAAAUUCAAGUCUCACAUCGCCGAGUGCUUCAACACGUGGAUCAUUUUCGCGUGGUGGUGUCUUAAAUUCGAGCACAUUAUCGGGUUCUUCUGGAUACAGUGCGCGGAGUUCGAUACGACAACCGUACUUGGGUUGGCGUAGUCAGGAAAAAUUAGAUAAUCCGAGAACGCCUGGAGAAAGAUUGGCAGCUAGACAUUCGGAGCAUUUGCUUGGACGACAAUUGUCGAAACAGCGAAAACAAAACGACCAACAAGAGCCAGCAGUGACACCGGAAAUACAGUCAUCAAUCAAAGAAGUCACAUCAGCAAUCGUACAUUUUGUAAACGAUCAAGCGGAUCGCACUUCCAGAAGUAGAUCGACAAGCCCUACAGCAAGAAAAUGUUGGCUUGAAAGUUCAUUCGUUGGAAAUCGACCGCUUGAUUCGCCCCAAACACCUGUUAUCGACACAUUUUCCCCGCGUGGUAGUACGGAUGCGACAAUGUCCCGAUUGAAUGGCGUCGCUACACCAAUACCAGUAUUAUCGGUACAGUCGUCUGAUCGACCCUCACCAAGUUCGACUACAUUAGAAGAUGUUUUGGCAUCUUUAUUGGGAUUACCAACUGAUUCCUACAGGUCCUCAGACACCACUCUAGCUAAUAAUGAUACGACUGACGCAAAUACCCAUCUCCAAAUUGAGACCGUCCCACCGCGACGACGCAGUGAAGGUGAUGCCCAAAAGCGUGCCGACUCCAACAGUUCGUUACGGCGAGGCAGCCUCGACUCAACCGAAUUUAAAAACGAUAAUGAAUUAGUGAAGUGCCGUUUUCCGAAAUGCGAUUCUAGUACAACAGCUGCUGAGGCGAAAAAAUUCUACAAAAGUUGCCACAAUUGCUCCCACAUGUAUUGCUCCAGAGAAUGUCGUCGCUCCCAUUGGGAAAAGCAUCGAAAGGCUUGUUUACAUUCGAGGGUGUCAGCUCUAUGUCGACAAGUGUUAUCGGCCUGUAAAGACGAUGCUGACACACUGCGACACCUGAGCUUAUUGGCUCGUAAAGGAUUUGAAGGACAGGGCAGAGGAGUUAUUCGAAUUCUGUUCCGUAGUCCAGAAAGUGCGGAAGCGUUUGUGACGAAAGGUUUUCAGUGUAUCGGUGAAGCGUCUUAUGUUCGUUGGCCGGAAUUACUGCCACAAGAAAUGGGCGCUGAGCUCUAUUCCGAAUUGUUGCGCCUAAGUACAGAAUACAAAACUGACUCGAAAAUGUUGAUUUACGUUGCCAUUUGUGUUGUGUCGGAAACGCCAGGAACUGGUGCGGCCCCAGUCAAAUGGGAAAGACAAUUAGUGUCUCGAUGUGCCAAGUUGAAACUAAGCAAAGCUUUACCAUCCGAAUUAGCCAUGCCAAAUGUUCCCAAUGAACAAAACAAUGAUAUUUUGAUACUAACCUUCUGUACAGUGAAAAAGAAUAACCAAAAAAUUCGCGAACAAAUUAUGGUCAAUGUUCAGAACAUAUUGAAGCGGCGCGGAGUGAGCAUACGGAAACAUUUUCCCGAAAUUCAUCAACGACUCAAUUCAUUUGUUGAGGGAACCACUGACAGAUUUCUUCCGGUCACAAUUCAUCCUAGAGAUAGUAAUACUGGCCGUGCAUUCAUAUGCAUUAUAAUGGCGAAUAAUGGUGAGGCUGAUAAAGUUAAGAUCCCAACAAAUGGCACCAAUAACGUUCAAAUCAUUGAUAAUUUGGAAAGUGUUGAAUGGAACUAGAUUAUCAUUCACAAUAGUAGGGGUCCAAACAUUGGUGUCAAUAGCAUUCAAAUAAUUUACUUUGUAAUAUGAUGCUGUCCAUUCGCAUUGUAUUUAAUUAAUAAGUGCAAUCUAACAAUGAUCGUCAAAGUUUUCUUUUUAAUUCUACUUAUCUUAUCAAUUCUCCUUAAUGAUUACUAAAAUCAAAUUAUUGUUUAUGCGAGGGCAGUGAUGUUAAUUCGUACAAAGAAACACGAAGAAAAAAUAAUACUGCCGUCGUACCCGUCAGGUAAGCUCCUUGCUAAAUUUUUUUCUUCAUGAAAUCAAACUGCGAAUCUGCUAUUUAUCAAAACUACGACUAUUCGCAUUUAGUAUUCGUAAUAAUAAUUCGUAUAACCAGAAUAACUAUCAAGUUUGUUACUUCAAUUGUUCAAAGUAUUAUUGAAUGACUGGGCCAAAUCUUUUACUUCAUUUGUUUUAACAAACAUUUGGAAAAAAAGGCCUCAUUAGUCAGAGCUCUACAUUUACUUUUACCGUCGGCGUCGACAACAGAUUACAUAACCGUUUUUGCUCGCCUGAUUUUCGAAAGAUUUCAAUUGCAAAAGAGUCGAAAAUAGUCUUCUGCCUUAUCAAAUUUACAAAAUUUCAAAUUCUAAUACUGAAUUCGGAUCCCGUCCGUUUCAAAAUUUUUUUUCGGGAUACUGCCACUACUUUUGUCUGACGAGUCUUGUAGAUUCCUUCAAUGUCAGGCCAAAGUCAAUAAUGGAAAUUUUCAGCAUUAUACUAUACAGUCAACUAUUUCAAUGUUAUGGAUCUCCACAAGAAUGAUCUUGAAAUUGUGAAAAAUGUAAGAUUUAUUAAGCUAAAAAGAAAAUCCUAAAAACCGCUUUAUAUAAUCGUCAGUAAACCAUUGCUUCUUAAAGAAAAUUAUAAAAAAAGAUUUACUUCUCAAAAACACCAACAGUAAUAAUAAUAAAUGAAUAAAUGAGUAAGAAUAAAUAAUUAAAUUUUAUAAAAGAAAGAUGAAGAAUUAAAAUCAGAAAUUAAAUUUAAAAAUUAUUUAUCAAAAUUUAAAGCAAGAAAUGUUAUCGUCAAAGACUUAUUAAGAAAUUUUAUUUUCAAGUAUAAAUCGUCAAUAAAUUUAUUAAGAAAAAGAAAUGUUCUUAUUAUAUAGCCGAAUUACGGAUGAUUAGUUAUAUAUAAUUAGGGAAUUAUGAUUAACCUUUUAGAAACGGCAAGCGUAUCGCUACAAAAUCAUUGAAUCUGUUACUUCAUUUGUGUAGAUUUUCUCCUAGUGUUUGAUAUAAAAAAUCUAUUACUUCAAUAUUCUGAUAAUACAUGUAAACAUUAUAGCCAGAUCUCAUCGCUUAAUCUCGUCGUCAUUGUCCAUACCAGAUGUCUAGCCGUUUCUAUGAGGUUGAA